CAAAGGGAAGAAGUUAAAACCCCAAGAAACCUUCGUCGUCGGCGCUUCGUCUCCUGUAGCUGUGGGAGGCUAGGGAGAGACCGUGAGAGGGAGAUGGAGAGGAUGGAGAGGUGCGGGAGCUGGGAGUGCGACGCGGCGGCGCAGGCUGCCGCGCAGAAGGCGGUGCCGGCGCCGUUCCUGACCAAGACGUACCAGCUGGUGGACGACCCGGCCACGGACCAUAUCGUCUCCUGGGGGGACGGCCGGGUCUCCACCUUCGUCGUCUGGCGCCCGCCGGAGUUCGCGCGGGACAUCCUCCCCAACUACUUCAAGCACAACAACUUCUCCUCCUUCGUCCGCCAGCUCAACACCUACGGCUUCCGGAAGGUCGUGCCGGAGCGGUGGGAGUUCGCGAACGAGUUCUUCAGGAAGGGGGAGAAGCAGCUGCUCUGCGAGAUCCACCGGCGGAAGACGUCGGCGUCGACGGUAUCGCCGUCGCCCCCGCCCUUCUUCAGUCCGCCGCACUUCCCCCUCUUCCACCCGGGCGCCCCGCACCACCACCAGUUCGUGGGCGGCGACGACGGGGUAGCGAUGGCGGCGGCCGCGCACGGCAUGGGCGUCGCGUUCCCACACCCGCAGUGGCGGGACCCGCACGCCGCCGCGCCGGUGGCCACGCGGCUCCUGGCCCUGGGCGCUCCCCCGGCGCCGUCGCCGCUGCCGUCCGCCGAGGGGGCGGGCGGGGCCAGCGCGGGGCGCGCGGCCACCGCGGCCGUGCUGAUGGAGGAGAACGAGCGGCUGCGGCGCAGCAACACGGCGCUGCUGCAGGAGCUGGCGCACAUGCGCAAGCUCUACAACGACAUCAUCUACUUCGUGCAGAACCACGUGCGCCCCGUGGCGCCCAGCCCGGCGGCCGCGGCGUUCCUGCAGGGCCUGGGCCUGCAGCCGCGCAAGAAGCCGGCCACCCCCGUCAUGGCCGCGGCCGGGCUCAACAACUCCGGCGGGAGCACCACGUCCAGCAGCUCGCUCACCAUCGCCGAGGAGCCCUCGCCCCCGCCGCAGCAGCAGGCCGACAAGAGCGGCGGCGGGGAGGCCGGCAGCAGCGGCACCGCGCGCUCCGCCGCCGCGCCCACGAUGCUCUUCGGCGUGCACCUCAGCGCCGCCCCGGCCGCCAAGAGGCCGGCGUCCCCGGAGGACGAGCACGAGCUGGCCACGUCGCCUGCCAGGAAGCCGCGGCUGGCGCUGGAGGCAGGCGCCGACCUAAGCCUGUCCGUGACGGCGGCGCCGUCCGCCGCCUCGUCCCCAGCUAGCAUUAGCUAGUCGGCGGCUAGCUCACUCACCUGGCUCGCGCCUAUGCAACUGCAUGCUGGUGCAGCAUGCAACCGCGGGGGCGGCCGUUUUGUUGUUCUAGUUCUAGGCUCUAGUUCGAUCGACGUGUUCCUUUUCAACUGGUAGAUGAGAAGAUCGCUUCUUUUCGUUGAUGCCUUCUGGUUAGGGUUCUGCUCAACGCUAAUUGCACAUUGUUGUGCUUUGCACUCGCAAACUAGUGCGUGCCACUGCCAUCGGUCCGACCCUCCGAACUAAUCCAAGCCAUGCAAGUUGUUGUACAGAAGUAACUCGUGAUGAUGAAGUAGCAGUUGUUGAGGUUCAGGUAGCUCUUCUGGUGAAUCCAGGGCGCCAGCAGUAGGGAGCAUGCAAUCUUUUGGGCGACGAGUCCGGAAAGA